AUGCAUUUCACAUCUAAUCUGAAAAAGUACGCCCUUUUUUGGGAGGAAGGAGACCGAUUCUGUCGUUUUAUACUUGAUCAUAGCACGAAAGCUCAAUUUGGGGUGAUUCUCCGUGGCUCUAGAUGGACGCGGAUCGAUUGGCUUCUCGAGGCAGGGGCCGAUGUUCAUGCACACGGCCGCUCUGGCCGGUCCUGCUUCAGCCUUGCGUUCAGUAUCGACGACGAUAAACUAAAGAAAUCCAUCAUCGCCUAUGCGGAUCUCGACGUACUCGACGGUAUUCUUGUGACCAAGGCUGAGGGAACACCUAUCCUCCUACAAUGGCUCCGUGAUUGUCCGGAGUCUACGUUGUCUAACCUAGGCCUCCUGGUUAGAUCAGGGGCCAACCCAAAUGCGACGAACUCUCUCGGGCAAACUUGCCUCCAUCUCUGUAUCCAAUACGCUCAUCCCCAAAUGGACGGGUACCUACGUCGCGCCAUGGUUGAGUUGAUCCAAUGUGGAGCCGACGUCUACGCAAAAGACCACAUCGGCAGAAGCUUGACGGAACUCGCGUUUUAUUGUUCAGGCUCUGAAGGUUUAUUGGGUACCUAUCCUGCUGAUCUCUGGUCAUGUUCGUUGGUAGCUUGCGGAUACGACGUGUUUGGCAAUAUUCAAGGCAGGCAACCGCGCCUCCCCCGGUUUGGAACCCUAUAUAAGAAGAUCCACUUUCGAACACUUUGGGAGGAAGUAAAUGAUGGGUCUUAUCUUCUCACGAAUAUCGCCGCUCUUCCCAAGGAACAGUUCAGCAACACCUUUCUCGAGAUUACCGAGAUUCUCCCAGUAGCUGAUCUUCGGCGGCUUUUUGACUUCCGGCCAUCCCUUUUUCAUGGAACAACCAGGUAUCAAUGGGUAGCCGACCUGCAAGAAAUUGAAAUGGACUCGGAAUCCAUCUGGAACCUAAUUGGUAAACAACAAUACAGCCUCGAACAGAUCCUUAGCAACAGCGAACAACAUGCCCCAUCAAAGGACGCCUCGGAGGAUGACGACACCGCUCGCUUUCCAGUUCCAGAGUUUCAUCAUGAAUCCUGCUGUCACCAAAGAAGCCUUGUGAAAAGGCCACCGGAACCUGAAGCGUGGACAGAGAGUGUUGAGCCGCCUGACUUGUCUUUGGUUGCUUGGCAUAUGGAGCGCCUCGCAGACUAUUGUAUCAACGCUGCAACCGCCGACCAGCGGCUUGAGUUGUCUUCCGAUAUUCUCUCAAACCGGCUCAUCGAUGGCCUGGAAGCCAAAUCCGUAGGAGUGGAGAUCACGACAAGUUUUUCCGCGAUUCCGUGCUUACAGGAGGCCUGGGAGAAAAUGAUGAAUUUGGCAGUUGAAUGGCAGUUGGCCGGCUUUUGUUGCGACCGAAUCUCCAUGAUGCUGCAGAAAAGUCCAAGUCGAGUGGACCUAGAGACCAUUUCCUUCGAUUAUCUCCAAGGGGUCUACAAUGAAUUGGAAGACACUGACAUUUCGAGUGAGGAGAUGCAGUUUAGCAUUCCUGAAGAUGGAUCACAAAUCCCAUACAUUGUGGCUCUAUAUCGGAAAGUAUUCCACGAUCUACUUGGUGUCGAGCCGCUAGAUCAGGAGUUCCUUGUUCCUUCCAACAAGGAACGGACACUACACCACCUUUGGCUCCUCACGCAGGCAAUUAGCAUCGCUAUGCUUCUGUAUUGGCAGUGCCAUACUGGAUACUUCCACUCGCAGCACCUUCCAAGGCCAGUUUCCGUCAUCGUCCUUGGAGGCUAUGUUGCUUUUGAUGGCUUUGAACCCUCUGAAGUCUCUGCCAGCGAUGGAGAUAACUCGCAUUUCCCACACAAGAUGGAUGCCAAAGGGAAAUUGAAGAUAAUUGCGCGGUUGCAAGAUCUAACAUGCGCUGGGAAAGCGCUGGGAAAGCCUGUCUUUGUCUUCACUACUCAACGAGACCGACUGGAACCUGCCAUGCUUUACGGCAGUUGCGAAGAUAUUGUUGACACCUUCGGCGAAUCCAGCAUCAUCUCGACAGAUCCUGAUGACCGAUUGAACACGAUGGUUGGCCUUCGAGUGAGAGGUCGAACCAUUUUUCCGACACAGGGAGAGGUCUCUGGUGAGCAAUUGUUCCAUUGGGGCGACUUGACCGCGGAGUUUGAACCUUCGACCUUUAACUACACCGACAAGAUUCUCAUUGGAGCACCUUUUGCUAAUGACAACUGCAAACUCGAAGAGGAAAAUGCACGACAUGCAGCUAGAGCUGCUGGAUGCCUUGAGCCUGUGGAUGUGCUCAGGCCCUUUUGGUAUGAAGAUCAAUUGCAAGUAGCUGUCCAAGGUGGCCAAUCGGUCAUCUUGACUGCGGGUGUCUUGUGGAAGUACAAUCCUGGCCGAUCUCUGAAAGAGUCUAUCUUGAAGAGCUACGCCAGGAGCAACAGCUUGAACUUUCUCAAUGACCUUUUCGGGCUACAAUUCAGUGUUUGCACGGGGUUAGCAAGGAGAGUGCCACUUCGACAGCUAAUGGUUGAAAGCCCCCUUUUCGAUAUGCUGGAUCAUAUAGGCAUUGGCGGAUGGGACGUGGUCAAGCACCAUGUCCGAGGAUUGUUCAAAGACGGAAUCAGCCUUGAAAAGUUGAAAGACCAAGAUCGCUUUCCCAGGGGCACUCUUCAUGAGGCCUGCCGUAUCCUUUUGGAACAUCUCCGUCCCACAGGUGUGGGUUUGGAUGGACAGUUGAGGAUCCUUUGGCCUACUCCAGAGGAGCCUGGGUAUUGCUUUGUGGCCGACCUAGAGAAGCACCCACAUCUUCAGUGGUGCCAGAUGAUCCGAGACAAUGAAUGGUGCGCGACCUUUGCGGCAAUGACCGCUACGUGUAUCGAGACAGAAGGUCAUCGCUGUCCAAGUCGCGACGCGACAGUCCCUUGGCGUUUCGAAAAAAGCCUUCUUUCAACCGAAAUGUUUCAACCCAGCACAGGUGGCACAGUAUUGAAGGUCGGGGCGUCUUAUUGGAUCGGAGACGCUGGCUCUGGAGUCUGGGUGACAGCCCGGGAGCCAGAGCAGGGAUCCCCAGUACUGGUUUUGAACAGGCCGCUCCCCCCUAGUCUACCAAAGUUUGCCUGGCGGUUCUUGAAAUGGGAUGCUCUUCGGGAAUGCCGUAUGAACGAGACAUUUUCUACGAAUGUUGUCGUAUACGCCAGGAAAAUGUCGCCCCGAAAGUCUUCUUCUAAGUGA